GAAGUGACCUAGGAGGUGGCAGUGGCUCAAGUGGAGGAAUGGGUCAUGGUGGCAAAAACCCUGGAAGUGCUGCGGGAAGGAGUCAUAGCAGAUGUUUGGGAGGUCUUGGUGGACUUGAUGAUUAUAGUAGAGGAAACAGUGGUGGAAAGGGUGGAGGUCACAGUGGAGAAAGUAAUGGUGACACAGGAGGCUAUGGAGAUAGGGAAACUUACAGUAGCCGAGACCAAGGUGAGAAAUGUGAAAAUAAUUAUGUGGACCUUGGGGCUCAUGGAAGAUGUUCUGGAGGAGGAAGCCUUGGUGGUCAUUUGGGAAGAAGAGGCAAUAUUUGUGACAUUGGACAAGGAAGAAGGACCCAAAGAGUACACAUCAAUGAGAGUCUCCAGAACCCGGUAAAAGUGGACACUGAUCCAGAGAUCCAGAGAGUUCAGAUGGAAGAGAAAGAACAGAUCAAGAACCUCAAGAGACAAUGUGAUUCCUGUAUCAACAAGGUACACAUCCUAGAGCAGCGGAAUACUGCGCUGUCAACCCAAUGGGAGUUGCUACAGCAACAGCGCUUGGAAAGAAAGAGUCUUCGAAAUACGGAAUCCCUUUUCCAGUCUUAUAUGCAAGACAUGAGGAUGCUGCUAGGUACGGUGCAAGGGCAGAAGGGACAGCUGCUAUGGGAACUCCGGCAACUGCAGGCAAUCACAGAAGACUGUGAGAAGAGACACAAAGAAGAACACAACAAGCGCCUGGCCACCGAGAAUGAAUUUGCAGCACUCAAGAAGGAUAUAGACACUGCCUAUAAGGAUAACAUGGAUUUGGAUGUGAAGACAGAUUUGUUGGUAGAACAAAUUGUACGUCUGAGAGGUAUUUAUGAAAUGGAGCUAACGGAACUUCAGAGAAGAGUCCAUGAUGGCCCCAGUGACAUUGUCUUCAUGAAUAAGCAUGGAAACCUGAAUAUAGACAACUUCUUGGAAGAGGUUAGGUGCCAAUAUGAAGAGAUUGCGCAGAGGAGCAAAGAAGAAGUGGAUGCACGGUGCCAAGGCAAAUAUGAGGAACUUCAUACCAUGUGCUGCAUACACCGUGAACACCUGCUCAACAGCCACCAGGAGCUCCAAGAACUGACCCACCGCAUCCAAACACUAAAGAUGGAAAUUGGAAAGCUCAAGAAAAAGGUUAGGCAGCAGCUCACCCUCACCUUCAGAACUGUUUGA